AUGCGCGUUCUCAACCGCCUCCUGCUCGGGGCAACCAUUCUUGCAAGCAUCGCCAGUGUUUCGGCAGCUGCCGACACGAAGCAGACCCAGCUCCUGGCGGCCGCCCACUCAACGGAGGCGACUCUCUCGGGCAACACGCGUUUUCUAAGAAGUCACAAGACCCAGAAAAUGGAGGCUGCGGAGGACGAAGAACGGAGUGUGAAUGAACUUGCGGCCAAGCUGGACGACGUGCUUAACCACGUCAAGUCGGUGAAAGACCUGAGUCUUAACAAAGCGAUGCACCACCUUCAGAUGGCCAGGGUUCCUUUUGAGAAGCACGAAGCCAUUCAACGAUUCGUGACUCUUGACGCUGCCGAGCCAACCAUGAGUAUCGUUGACUUUACCAGUCCAUUGUUCUCCACAAAGCCCUCGUUCCUGUGCGUGGACGUGGUGCUGCGCGAGUUCCCGCGCGUGGAGGCGCUGGACCACGUGGUGCAGCAGCUCAAGGCGCUGCUGGACGUGUCCAAGGUCCUGUCCGUGGCCGUGGCGGCGCAGCACCAGCACUUGGGCUCGCAGUCCCUAACGCUGUUAGAACACGCCGCGUUACGAGAGAAGAAGAAGCUCUCGAGCUGGUCGUCCGAGUUAAAGCGUGGUUACAAACAGUUUCAGUUCGAAACGGCGUUAAAUAACGCCGCCGCGAGAGGCUUCUUCGCCGGCGUCAGGUGGCUGCGCUCCAAGUACUACCCCAAGGGCAAGUUUCGCGGCGCCGAGCGCGCCGCAAUGUACAGUGGGGACCUGCAAAUGUUACGCUAUUUGCACGACGAGUUCAGUAAUAAAAUGGUGGAGGACGCGGCCGUGGACAGCCAAGACGCCGUGGCCCACGCGGCCGCCAAUGGACGGCUGGACCUCGUGCAAUGGUAUUGCGAGAUGAAGGGUCCUUACGCCUUCGGGUGGAGCGUCAUGGACGCCGCCGUGGCGCACGACCACAUGGACGUGGUGCAGUAUCUGGACAGUGUGGUGGGCAACCGCUGCACCCGACGAGGACUGGAGCUGGCCGCUCGAAAUGGACACUUGCGCGUGGUGCAGUGGCUCAACGACACACGGUACUACGAGAUCCGCACGUUCCGGUCGCUGGAGAACGCGAUUGCAGGAGGACACUUGCAUCUGGUCAAGUACGUCAUGGAGAACAUCGUCGUGGCCUACACGUCGUGGACGCAGGCGGCGUUGACGGCCGCGGUGUCAUUUGGACAGUGCCACAUUCUGCAGUGGCUGCACGAUCGAGCGUCCGCUGAUGCCGCGGCGUACAACCGCCACUUCCGGUUCGAGAUCCACACGAACGAACUGUACGCAGUGGCCAGAAACGGACAUUUGGACGUGCUGAAGUGGCUGGACGCUCAUAAUUACCCGGUGCACUGCAGACGAGCUCAUGCCGUUCGAGGAGCGGCCGCUGGUGGACACAAAGAAAUUAUCGAGUGGAUGGAAGAGACUUUUGAGCGGUUACGUAGGCAGCUACAUCGUAUUCGCGUGGACGGAGCUGCGGGAUACGGAGACCUUCAGUUCGUGCAGUGGCUUCACCAUCAAGGAUACCGAUUCACAGCCCACGCCGUGGAUGACGCUGCUGCGGGUGGAUAUAUGUCCAUUGUGCGGUGGCUGCACGAAAAUGUCGAAAACGCCAGCUGUACUACGGCUGCAAUGGAUCGGGCCGCUGCAAAUGGGCACCUGGAUAUCGUGAUUUUCCUCCAUCACAACAGGAAAGAAGGAUGCACCACUGCGGCCAUGGACGAUGCGGCUCGCAACGGCCACUUUGAGGUUGUUAAAUUUCUGUACAAGAACCGCAGCGAGUACUGUACGGCGAUGGCAGGCGAAUCUCGAUCAGUGGCAGUGCUGGAGUUUUUGAAGACGAAGAACCGCCUGCGCUCUCGGCUGCCUAAAACGACGGAAGCGGCGACAAGAGGCGACUUGGAGCUGUUGCAGUGGCUUUAUGCUCAUGACAGGAGGCACUUUGGCUACGAAGCUGUGGUUGAUGAGGCCCGCGAGCGGAACCACUUCCUUCUCCUGCGCUGGCUGGAGGUCCUACCGGAAGCGGGCAGAUAG